UACCACCUAAACCUAAACUUUUAUGACACCGCUUAUCACUACGGUUAUUUAAUUCGUAAUUUCAGUUGACAUCCAUGGUUACAUAAAAUUAAACUAUCAAUUUUAUCUUUCUUAUCUGUAUGCUGUGUUACUUCAGUUCAGAUUCGUGGUCUGUGCUUCAGUUGUCAGAUUGAGUAAUUUUUAUUACCUGUCUGUGGCAGCUGCUUUGAUUUUUUCGUAGACUUUUCAAAUCGUAAUGCUAAAAUCUGAAAUAAAAAAUAUUUCCGGGAUAAAUAAAGUGAGGUGUCUGAAUAAAAGAUAAAACAAAACUAAAGAAAUAAUUUUCAUUUUUGUUUUGUUUUGAGAAUUAAGGUUAGUUAGGCUGUCAAAUUGUGAAUUCGAUGUUUUGAAUAUUCCAAAUUCCAAAUUUAAAAAUACCUAAAUCUGUGUUAAAACUUAAAAUAUUAAAUAAACACAAAUUAUUUAAAUCCCAAAACUCGUACUGAAACGUAAUAUGCGUUAACUGCGCUUUGAUAAAAAACGUUCGGUGUUUGUUUUAUAAUAAUAUUGUGUUACAAUCUGACAUCGUAAUACAGUAGUUUUGGUGAGUUGUGCGAUUAUUAAUUUAGAUAAAGCGAACUCAGUACGAAGGUCUGCUUUUUAUAAUAGUUUUGUGAAAUUUCUCUGCUGCCCGCAUCAAUAUAAGGACGGGAAGUAAAAUUCACAUAGAGAUUGAGUCUAUGUGAAUCGAGGCGUAAUGUGACACGUCACACGUAUGAAAUAAUGAUCCCGUCUAUGCGUUAAUGAAACGAAACAAACGAACCCUGACUUUACUUAUUGUAAUGUUGAAGGGCGUCCGCUAGAAGAUGAAGUGGUGGGGGGAAGCGCUGGGUCGGAGCGCGUGGGCGCACUUGUCGCGCGUGGGGCGGCUGCGGCGCGCGCUGCUGCUGCUGGCCGCCGCCGCGUGCACGGCCGCGGCGCUGCUCUACUGGCGGCAGCAGACCGACGACGACGCGCACAGACCCUUGCACUCGCUAUAUGCAAAUGUCGCUCCUCAAUGGUCAUGGAUUUGCCGGAAUGAUCGCUGCGAGAGGUUCCUUGCAACAGAAACCCCAAUAUUGCAGUCUCUUCCAACCUGCAACAUGCUGUGUGCUUCUACCCAACUGUGGCCGCAGCCCACCGGUCCCGUCAGCCUGGCCACCGCCGCAGCGCACGUGCGAUCCAACAGCUUCUCCUUACAAGUGAUCUCAUCCCCUUCUCGGGAACUAAAAGACCAUCUCGUUGACGCCUUCAAUUUAAUGGUCGAAGACUUGAAAUCCCUGGAGAGAAAUGCAGGCAUAGAGAACAGGAGAUCUAGCACCGGUACUCCUCACGAUGUACUCGUUAGGGUCACAGUCAAUGGCACCGCUGAUCCACGAAUGCGACAAGACACCGACGAAACCUACAAAUUGACUCUCCGACCUGCCGGUAACUCGCUCAUGGUCGACAUAACUGCGCGCUCGUUCGUCGGCGCUCGACAUGGCUUCGAAACUCUAUCCCAACUAGUCUGGCUAGACCCCUACGCUGCGUCACUUCUAAUCCUCGAAGCGGCAACUGUAGAGGACGGACCGCGAUUCCGGUAUCGAGGACUUCUGUUGGACACGGCACGAAAUUACUUCCCCGUGAGUGAUAUACUGCGAACUAUCGACGCCAUGGGUGCGUGCAAAAUGAACACAUUUCAUUGGCACGUCAGCGACUCCCAAUCGUUUCCACUAAGAUUGAACAGCGCGCCGCAGUUGGCGCAGCACGGUGCGUACGGCCCGGGAGCCGUGUACACGACAGAUGAUGUGAGAACUAUAGUCCGAAGAGCUAGGUUGCGUGGAAUCCGCGUGUUAAUCGAAGUAGAUGCACCAGCGCACGUCGGUAAAGCCUGGACCUGGGGUCCGAUGGCGGGGCUAGGUCACUUAGCGCACUGUGUCGAAGUAGAACCCUGGAGCACGUACUGCGGCGAACCUCCUUGUGGGCAGCUCAACCCGCGAAACCCUAACGUCUACGCGAUUCUAGAACGCAUAUACGCCGAGAUCAUUCAAUUGACGGGGGUCGAUGAUAUAUUCCAUCUGGGGGGCGAUGAGGUAUCAGAACGCUGUUGGGCACAACAUUUCAACGACACGGAUCCAAUGGAGCUAUGGUUUGACUUUACAAAGCGCGCAAUGCAUGCCCUCGAGCGCGCCAAUGGUGGUAAGCUGCCGGAGUUGACGCUGCUUUGGUCGUCACGCUUAACCCACACGCCGUACCUCGAGCGUCUUGACAAAAAGCGAUUCGGUGUGCAGAUAUGGGGUUCGUCGCGGUGGCCGGAGUCUCGGGCGGUGUUGGACGCGGGCUACCGCUCUAUCCUAUCGCACGUGGACGCGUGGUACUUAGAUUGCGGGUUCGGCUCGUGGCGCGACAGCUCCGACGGGCACUGCGGGCCGUAUCGUUCGUGGCAGCAGAUCUACGAACACCGGCCGUGGAUAGAGGAGAUGCCGGGGCUGGCCACGGGCGUGGAGCCGUGGCGGGUGGACGGCGGCGCAGCGUGCCAGUGGACCGAGCAGCUGGGCUCCGGGGGGCUCGACGCGCGAGUGUGGCCGCGCACGGCCGCGCUCGCGGAGCGGCUGUGGUCGGACCGCGCGGAGGGCGCCACGGCGGACGUUUACUUAAGAUUGGACACUCAAAGAGCUCGGUUACUAGCUAAAGGCAUCCACGCGGCACCUCUGUGGCCACGCUGGUGUUCUCACAAUCCCCAUGCUUGCCUCUAGCUUUAAACGUGUUCUCUUGAAGGAGGAUGGGAUUUUAUAUCGUGGCUUGUGAACGCCGCGCUGGCGCAUGCCGCUCGCACAAAACUCUAUUUAUGAAAUCUAUAUAUAGGUAGAUACUUAGAUAGCUCGAAAAAGUUUUGUUACUGUACGUUUGGUACGAGUUUUCACCUACGUAGUAUGAGUUUAGUUAGCGAAAACGGAAAUUUUGUGACUUGCAAUUUAUAGAAAGUGUGACUUUAAAAGCAGGGUCUUGAUCAAUUUUAUUCUGACGUUAUAGUGUUUCGUUACUCGAAAUCUAUCAACGUUGUAGAGAUGUGCAAACUUGUACUAAGAGUACUGACUCGAUUCUUCCUUGUUUAUUUAUUUAGGUUUGUUGUACAUAAUAAUUUAUUGUUAUCGAUGUAUGUGACAAUUAGAUAAAGAUUUGUACAGUGCUUUGUAGUUACACUUAUUUAGAUAAAAUUAAUAUAAUUGUUAACUUAAUAACUUUGUAAUAUUUCGUAAUUUAUGCUUAAUUGAGAAACGUACUUGUAAAAUUGAUAUACUGGGAUACUAAAUUAAUAGUAUAAUAAGUAGUAUAGUUAGGACCUAUUUGACUGCCAUUUUAAUCACAAUUUAAUGAUAUUUCCCUGGAAUAAUGCACAAUGUGACAUAAAAUACACACAACCUAAAUCUUUAACCUACGUAGAUAUUACAAAAGAAAAAAGAAAUACUUACCUAUGUUUAUAAAUUAUUAUUAUGUAAAAUAAUAGACAUUAUUAGAGGCAUUUUUUCGGUAAGUGAAAAGUACAAGAUCAGUCUGAAAGAGGGUUUUAGCUGAAAAUGGGUAAUAGGCAAUGAUGUUAUAAUAAA